GCUGCGCAUGCGCAGUCCGGGCAGUAGCGCUGUAGGUUGCAGUGUAGUGUCUGUUCAGCGUCCCUGCCGGGAAUCUGCAAACCAGAAUGGGCCGAAAGGUGACCGUAGCCACCUGUGCACUCAACCAGUGGGCCCUGGAUUUUGAGGGCAAUUUCCAGAGGAUUUUAAAGAGUAUUCAAAUUGCUAAAGCCAGAGGUGCAAGAUACAGGCUUGGACCAGAACUGGAAAUAUGUGGCUAUGGAUGCUGGGAUCAUUAUCACGAGUCAGACACACUCCUGCAUUCGCUCCAAGUCCUGGCUGCCCUUCUGGAUUCUUCUGUCACUCAGGACAUCAUCUGUGAUGUGGGCAUGCCUGUGAUGCACCGGAAUGUUCGCUACAACUGCAGAGUCAUCUUUCUCAACCGGAAGAUCCUUCUCAUCAGGCCCAAGAUGGCUUUGGCCAAUGAAGGCAACUACCGGGAACUACGCUGGUUCACCCCCUGGUCCAGGAGCCGGCAAACUGAGGAGUAUGUCCUCCCUCGGAUGUUACAGGACCUGACAAAGCAGAAAACCGUUCCCUUCGGAGAUGUGGUUCUUGCCACCAGGGACACUUGUAUUGGAAGUGAAGUCUGUGAAGAGCUCUGGACACCACGCAGCCCUCACAUCGACAUGGGCCUGGAUGGUGUAGAGAUCAUCACCAACGCCUCGGGCAGCCACCACGUGCUACGUAAAGCCCAUACCAGGGUGGAUCUGGUGACCAUGGCCACCUCCAAGAAUGGUGGCAUCUACCUGCUAGCCAACCAGAAGGGCUGCGACGGUGACCGUCUCUACUACGAUGGCUGUGCCAUGAUUGCCAUGAACGGGAGUAUCUUUGUCCAGGGCGCUCAGUUCUCGUUGGAUGAUGUGGGGCAACGGAUGCCUCGCUUCUGCUGUGAAAGGUCUGACCCAUUCACGUGGGACAGCAGUCCUGUGCUCUCCUUCUGCUUCCCCACCCAGGAGGUCCUCACUGCCACCCUGGACCUGGAAGAUGUCCGGAGCUACAGGGCAGAGAUCUCAUCUCGAAACCUGGAGGCAAGCAGGGUGAGCCCCUAUCCCAGGGUGAAUGUGGAUUUUGCCCUCUCGGUCAGUGAGGACUUGUUGGAACCAGUGUCAGAACCUGUGGCGUGGACAUACCACAGUCCUGAGGAGGAGAUAAGCCUCGGGCCUGCCUGCUGGCUCUGGGACUUCCUCCGACGGAGCAAACAGGCUGGGUUUUUCCUGCCCCUGAGUGGCGGUGUGGAUAGUGCAGCCAGCGCCUGCAUCGUCUACUCCAUGUGCUGCCUGGUCUGUGAGGCUGUGAAGAGUGGAAAUCAGCAGGUGCUGGCAGACAUCCAAAGUCUGGUGAACGAGAACAGCUACACCCCAGAAGAUCCCCACGAGCUCUGCGGACGCCUGCUCACCACUUGCUACAUGGCCAGUGAGAACUCCUCCCAGGAGACUCACAGCAGGGCCACAGAACUAGCUCAGCAGAUUGGAAGCUACCACAUCAAUCUGAGCAUUGGCACCGCCGUGAAGGCUGUCCUGGGCAUCUUCAGCUUGGUGACCGGGAAGUUCCCUCGGUUUUCAGCACACGGAGGGAGCAGCAGGGAGAACCUGGCCUUGCAGAAUGUGCAGGCUCGCAUAAGGAUGGUCCUCACCUACCUGUUUGCUCAGCUGAGCCUCUGGUCCCGGGGCGUUCAAGGGGGCCUUCUUGUGCUUGGAUCUGCCAAUGUGGAUGAGAGUCUCCUCGGCUACCUGACCAAGUAUGACUGCUCCAGUGCGGACAUCAACCCGAUAGGCGGCAUCAGCAAGACAGACCUGAGAGCCUUCGUCCAGUUCUGCGCUGAGCGCUUCCAGCUUCCAGCUCUGCAGACCAUCCUGUCAGCACCGGCCACUGCAGAGCUGGAGCCCUUAGCCAACGGGCAGGUGUCUCAGACAGAUGAGGAAGACAUGGGGAUGACAUACUCAGAACUCUCCGUCUUCGGCAGACUUCGGAAGGUCGCCAAGGCCGGGCCCUACAGUAUGUUCUGCAAACUGCUCAACAUGUGGAAAGAUAGCUGUACGCCAAGACAGGUGGCUGAGAAGGUGAAGCGGUUUUUCUUGAAGUACUCCAUGAACAGGCACAAGAUGACAACCCUCACACCAGCAUAUCAUGCUGAAAGCUACAGUCCUGACGACAACAGGUUUGACCUGAGACCCUUUCUGUACAACACGGCUUGGCCCUGGCAGUUCCGCCACAUUGAUGACCAGGUUCUGCAGCUCGAGAGGAAAGAACAGCAGGGCCCGAAAGACUGCAUCUAGGAGCGGUUGGAAGAGCCAUCGCCUUUACAGAAGCACCUCCUCCCUAGAGAUCCCUACUGUGAUUUCAAAUCCCCAGUGGUCAGAACCGGAGACCCUGCCACUGCCCUGCUGGAGCCGGGGUUUGUUUACUUUUCAGGAAGAGAGCGAAGUUCAUUCUAAUGCCAUAGAAAUAAACAAAAAUGCUUUUU